AUGCCGCCGGAAAAACCCACUUCCCCAAAUAGCCUCUCCGUUUACGAGGACGAAGAGCCGGAGGAAGAUGAGGACGAAGGAUAUUUCGGGGAUUUUAUUGGUGAUGAUGGGGAGUUUGAUAAUCCUGUUACGACGCCGUUUACAAGCCCGGAGAGGAGGCGUUGGAUUAAGACCGAAGAUAGAAAUGGGCAUAAUAAUCAGCAAUUCUCGGUGCUAUCGAUGGUGGCGACAGCGCUGCGGCGGUCUCUGGUGACUUGCAGCGUGGAUAGGGAUCACAUGGAGUCUGAUGUGGACAUAGGGUGGCCCACUGACGUCCGCCAUGUCUCGCAUGUCACCUUCGACCGCUUCAAUGGCUUCCUUGGACUUCCUGUCGAGCUCCAGCCCGACUUCCCCCGAACACCCCCCAGCGCCAGUGCAAGUGUUUUUGGAGUUUCUGCACAAUCAAUGCAGUGUUCUUACGAUCAAAGAGGGAACAGUGUGCCAACAAUUCUUCUUAGGAUGCAAAACCAGUUGUAUUCAGAAGGCGGCCUUCAAGCAGAAGGUAUAUUCCGUAUCAAUGCUGAGAAUAGUCAAGAAGAACUUGUCCGGAACCAGCUUCAUAAAGGGGUUGUGCCCCGUGGAAUUGAUGUUCAUUGUUUGGCUGGGUUGAUAAAGGCAUGGUUUAGAGAACUUCCAACUGGAAUUCUUGAUUCUCUGACACCAGAACAGGUGAAGCAUUGCAACACAGAAGAAGAGUGCUCCCAGCUUGCAAAGCUGCUUCCACCAACUGAAGCUGCAUUGCUCGAUUGGGCAAUCAACUUGAUGGCCGAUGUUGUGCAAAAUGAACAUCUAAAUAAGAUGAAUGCACGCAACAUUGCUAUGGUUUUUGCUCCCAAUAUGACUCAGAUGGCCGAUCCUUUGACCGCAUUAAUUCAUGCAGUCCAAGUUAUGAACUUUCUCAAGACCUUGAUAUCGAAAACUCUUCGUGAAAGAGAAGUAUUAGCUACCACCGACCGAUUAUUCUCAGCAUAUGCUGAUUCUGCAGGCAACAUAGGUGGUGACCACCCAUCAAAUGCAACUGCAAUGGUCUUGUACGAGCAGGCUUGUGAUGGUUGCUCAUGUUCAAGAUCCGCCUGUGGCAGCCUCCUGUGGAGUGCCACUUUAGAGAGACUGGAAGCUGAUAGCAACGAAAAAUCCUCGAGAUUAAGGUGUAAGAGUGAUGUUGAUGAGAAAUAUGAAUCUGUUGCAGGUAUAAUCUCACCUGAAAAAAGCAAAAGACAAUCAGCUUCCAGUAGAUUUAGAGACGAAUAUGACAACGAGGAAGUUGAGGGGGUAUUCAAUAGGCUAAGUUUGAGAAAAGGAGUGCGAAAACUAUGCAAGCAUCCUGUAUUUCAGUUGAGUAAGCCAGUCAAGAAGAGUCGCGGAGUUGGAAUUGUAAAUACUCGAGGAGGUGCAGAAACUUGGGCAUACGAUGGAUGCAACUCACACUCAGGUGUGUGUUCUGUACGGGCUGAGUAA